AUGGCACCCGAAACUUCAAUCGAGUCCGUUGAUGCUGCGCUUUUGUGUAUUGACCCUGUUACGCUAUCGUGUGAAGAACCAAAUUUCAAAUGGAUCGUUCGCGAACACAUCAUCUGUUUACUAUGUGAGUAUGAACAUUUAGUUCCGUCAGUUGACAUAUUCACAUAUAACGACGGCAGAACCGUUAACCUUCUCAAUGUAAAUGGAUUCCUCCAAGUAUCUGAAUGCGCUUCACGGAUCCCUCUUACUAUUUGGAUCCAUCAAAACUACCCUAAUUCACCGCCUUCAGUUGUUCUCCCGCAGACUCAUGGUCUUCACCCUUUCGUUGACUGCACCGGUGUUGUUACCUCCGAGUAUCUUACCACUUGGACGUAUCCUCGGUCAAAUCUCUUGGACCUUGUUCGUAACCUUGUGUACCUGAUUGCUCACCACGAAGCUUUCUUCUCAAGUUCACAUUUACUUUUCUCCAAUUCCAGUGAUCCUAUAAAAUUAGAGAUCCUUGAGCAUCUCGUGGCAAUGCUUCAGUCUGACGUAACGGAGUUGCAAUCGAAAACAGAGGAAGACAUAGAAGCAUUAUCAGGCUUGCAAGAGGAACUUGUUGAUAGAGCUGAUAUUGCAACUUCGAUAAUACUAGGAAUUGAAAACGAAAGAACUAGUUUGAAACAAAGGGUGUUGGAGAUGACAGAAGAGGCCGAUAUGAUGGCGCAAUGGUUAAGAGUUUGUGAUCCUAAGUCCACUGGAAAUAAAAUUGAGGCAGCAUUUGAAGUUGAAGACAUGGAAUCGAAGUAUGUCUUGGAAAGUCUAGCAGGAGAGGAGGCGAUAGAGGAUGUUGUGUAUGCAUUGGACAAGGCAAUUGUGGAAGGAGUAAUAUCUCUUGCGGACUAUCUUAAGCAGGUUAGAAUUUUGUCAAGGGAACAGUUCUUUUAUAAGGCCAUGUUGGUGAACUUAAGAAGCUCAAAUACGUUCCAAAUAUGUGCUGAAGAUUUUCCAUGGUUACGUGAGCGAUUCGAUAAUAUAUGUGUUAGUUAAUUAAAGACUAAUUAAUUAUUUCUUAA